CUUCGGUCAAUGUGGAUCCGCAACUUAAUAUAAACCCAUUUCCAACAAUAAUAUUCACCAGAUUCAUUUUCUAUCACUUUGAGAUCAAACAUCCUAUCUUCACCAAGCCAAAACUAGCAAGUUAAGAGCCACAAUGGUUGUAGAAAGUUACCAAUCCAAGAGUGUAUGUGUCAUAGGAGCCGGACCAUCCGGUCUCGUGGCAGCCCGGGAGCUCAUGAAAGAAGGUCACAAUGUGGUAGUCAUUGAGCAAAACCAUGACAUAGGAGGGCAAUGGCUCUAUGAGCGUAAAAUCGAGGGAGAGGAUCCUUUAGGCAGGGCAAAUAAGUUCCUUAAGGUUCAUAGUAGUAUGUAUGAAUCCUUAAGGUUAGCAUCUCCUAGGGAGAUCAUGGGGUAUACUGACUUCCCGUUCGUAGAGAAGAAAGGGAGGGACAUGAGGAGAUUUCCUAGCCAUAGGGAAGUUUUGUUGUACCUUAAUGAUUUUUGUGAAUAUUUUGGGUUGAGGGGCAUGAUUAGGUUUAACACUAGGGUUGAGUAUGUCGGUAUGGCCGAGUUUGCCGAGGUUGCCAAGGAGUUGAAAUGGAUGGUGAAAUCUAAGGAGAAGAAGAGUGAAAAAUUGGUGGAAGAAGUGUUUGACGCGGUGGUUGUUGCUAGUGGCCACUAUUCUCAUCCAAGGUUGCCUAUAAUUAAAGGUAUGAACUCUUGGAAAAGAAGACAAAUUCAUAGUCAUAUUUAUCGGGUACCAGAUCCAUUUCGCGAUGAGGUAGUGGUGAUUGUAGGAAGUUCAAUGAGUGGACAAGAACUAUCAAUGGAAUUGGUGGGAGUAGCAAAGGAAAUCUAUCUCAGUGCCAAAUCCCCAGUCUCUGAAGGAUUGUCCAAAGUAUUUGCCAAGCAUAAAAACCUGCAUCUUUGCCCAAAGAUUGACUGCCUUGAAGAAGAUGGAAGAGUGUUGUUCGUGGAUGGUUCUUGCGUCACUGCCGAUACUAUCAUAUACUGCACUGGGUAUUCAUAUACAUUUCCAUUUCUUGACACCAAAGGAAUCAUUGAGGUGGAUGAUGAUCGCGUUGGACCUUUAUAUGAGCAUACGUUCCCUCCUUCGCUUGCUCCUUCUCUUUCGUUUGUCGGAAUACCUAGGAAGAUCAUAGGGUUCCCUUUCUUUGAAUCACAAGCAAAAUGGAUUGCUCAGCUGCUCUCAGGGAAAAAAACAUUGCCAUCUUGGGAAGAUAUGAUGAAGGAAAUCAAAGAGUUCUAUCAGUCCAGGGAAGCUGCCGCCAUCCCAAAGCAUAACACUCAUGAUAUUGCCGAUUUUGAGUAUUGUGACCUGUAUGCGGAUAAAGUGGGAUUUCCACGCCUGGAAGAAUGGAGGAAAGAGCUAUGUGUAUCAGCUCUGAUGAACGCGGAGGCCAAUUUGGAGGUGUAUCGUGAUGUUUAUGAUGACUUUGAACUGCUUCAAGUAGCUCGUCAAAGUCCUCAUUUCACUCAACUUGGAGCACAUACAUUUGAAGUAUAAAGCAAUACUCUGCUUCAGCCAGCUCAACAAAUCAAUGUCAAAGUAAUAUGCAGUAAUUUACAUAGAACAACAUACCAGUGUUCCAGCGAAAGAUUCGAGGUUGACAUAUUUUCUUUUUUGUGUAUUGAUGAUAGUGGUCGCACAAAGUACUGCCCUGUAUGCAGUUUUUUGAAUGAUUUUUACUUUUUAUUAGAGAAACCGGCAAAAUUAUGCCAUGUUGGAAAAGCCUUCAAAAGGUUGUACCAACAAGACACAAGUGUUUUCCAUUUUAAAUAUGAAAUAGUAUAUUUGCCUAACUAGUUAAGUAACUAACAGGGGGUGAAAUAGCCUUACCCUUGCAAAUCUUAGUCAGAUUUGGAUUAAGGCCUAAGGGUUCUCCAUAUAUCGCCCCUAUUAGUCGCUUAACUGUCAGGGAUAUAUUCAAAUUAUUCGUUUAA